GCCGUGUAGGACUGUAGCAUCCUGGCUGCUUCUCGAGGCUUGCGUCCCUCUGCCUCCAACCGGCAGACCUUCUCUCCUCCGUCCCCGCUCCCCUCCCGGGAGCCGGCGUCGGAGGGCUGGGACUGCACCGGGGGGCGGAGCUGCCUCUCCGGCCAGGAGGUGGGAAAGUGGAGAGCCGCGGGUCGGAGGCACGGACCUCGCGUCGGGGCUCCUGCGGCCGGCGGGUCCUUCCAGCAGCUGCGGCAGCCCGGGCCAAGCGCUGGAUCUUUUUGCUCAGCCUACAAGACUUGAGAACUCUCAACUGCCCCCUCCUCCCGCAUUAAGAGUCUUUCCCUCUGUUUUCCUCUCCAUCCCCCGCCCCUCCCUCCGUUGGAGAAUUUCAUGCUUCUGUUAGCACCUUUUCGUAAUCCAGGGGACGUGACGGUCCAGAGCUCCAAGGGCCUCCGCUGAAUUCUACUUUUGUUUUUAUUUCUCCCUCGCUUCCUCUUGUUUUCCUCUAAUCGGAUUCAUCUGCGAAGUCUGGCGCUUCUGCCAGAGGGAGCAAGGAAUAAAUAGAUGCUGCUGCCCCAGAAGGCUUAGACGUCGGGAAAGAACAGCCUGAGCGGCAGGGGCGGCGGCGGCAGGAGGUCGGCGGAGCUCGUGGGACCCCAUUGGGGGAAUUUGAUCCAAGGAAACUGAGAUCGUCGGGGGAGGAGAAGCUCCCAGAUCAUUGUGUCCACUUGCAGGGGUAAGAGGGGACGGCGGAGCGGGCCUCUCGGCGUGCUCGGUGCUGCUCCACCCUGCCCCGUCCUCCCGGGAUCAUGGUCUGUGGCAGUCCUGGAGGGAUGCUGCUGCUGCGGGCCGGGCUGCUCGCCCUGGCUGCGCUUUGCCUGCUCUGGGUGCCCGGAGCUCGGGCUGCAGCCUGUGAGCCCGUCCGCAUCCCCCUGUGCAAGUCCCUGCCCUGGAACAUGACCAAGAUGCCCAACCACCUGCACCACAGCACCCAAGCCAACGCCAUUCUGGCCAUCGAGCAGUUCGAAGGUCUGCUGGGCACCCACUGCAGUCCGGAUCUGCUCUUCUUCCUCUGUGCCAUGUACGCGCCCAUCUGCACCAUUGACUUCCAGCACGAGCCCAUCAAGCCCUGCAAGUCCGUGUGCGAGCGGGCCCGGCAGGGCUGCGAGCCUAUCCUUAUCAAGUACCGUCACUCGUGGCCCGAGAGUCUGGCCUGCGAGGAGCUGCCUGUUUAUGACCGUGGCGUGUGCAUCUCUCCCGAGGCUAUCGUCACCGCGGACGGAGCGGAUUUUCCUAUGGAUUCUAGUAAUGGAAACUGUAGAGGAGCCAGCAGUGAACGCUGCAAAUGUAAGCCCAUUAGAGCUACACAGAAGACCUAUUUCCGAAACAAUUACAACUAUGUCAUUCGGGCUAAAGUUAAAGAAGUAAAGACCAAGUGCCAUGACGUGACUGUUGUAGUUGAGGUGAAGGAGAUUCUAAAGGCUUCUCUGGUAAACAUUCCAAGGGACACCAUUAAUCUUUAUACCAGCUCCGGCUGCCUGUGUCCUCCACUUAAUGUUAACGAGGAGUAUAUCAUCAUGGGCUAUGAAGAUGAGGAACGCUCCAGAUUACUGUUGGUGGAAGGUUCUAUUGCUGAGAAAUGGAAGGAUCGACUUGGUAAAAAAGUUAAGCGCUGGGAUAUGAAGCUCCGUCAUCUUGGACUGAAUAAAAGUGAUGCUAGCCAUAGUGAUUCCACUCAGAGUCAGAAGUCUGGCAGGAACUCCAACCCCCGGCAAGCACGCAACUAAAUCCUGAAAUGCAGAAAGAACAUCAGUGGACUUCCUAUUAAGACUUGCAUUGCUGGACCAGCAAAGGAAAAUUGCACUAUUGCACGCCAUAUUCUAUUUUUUACCACAAAAAUCAUGUGGUAACUGAUAUUACUUCUAUUUUCUCUCUUGUUUUCUGUUUUUCUCUUCCCUCCCCCCACCUCUUUUUUUGUGGUCUGAGUGCAGAUCCUUAAAUAUAUGUAUUCUGUUUCACUAAUCCUGGGAAAACUGUUCUUUGCAAUAAUAAUAAAUUAAACAUGUUGAUACCAGGGCCUCUUUGCUGGAGUAAAUGUUAAUUUGCUGUUCUGCACCCAGAUUGGGAAUGCAGUAUUGGAUGCAAAGAGAGCUUUCUGGUAUCCACAGAAAGCUAGAUAUGCCGUAAAACAGUCUGCUUAUCUAAUUGCAAUUGCCUCGUUUUCACAUGCCUUUUGGGCAUUCUCCUCACGCUUAAAAGUUCUGAAUGUUUAUAAAGGUAAAAUGGCAGUUUGAAAUCAAAUGCCACACAGGCCAGGCAAUCAAGCACCAGGAAGCAUUUAUGAGGAAACAACACACAAGAUAACUUAUUUGCAAGAUUGGCAGGAAGCAAAAUAAAUAGUUCUAGGAGCUGGGGAAAGAACAUUUCGCUUGAUUGAGAAGCACCACUGAAACCAGUGGCUGUUGGGGUGUAAACAGUAGCAUUUUUCUUUGGGCAAUGCAUUUGGUUUGUUUAUGAAUAUAUUAAUCAGCAUUAGGGAAGUGAAUUAUAACUAGACAUCUGCUGUUAUCGGUGUAGCUCUGUUAAAUUUGCUUCCCUUUAAAUAAACUCAUUGGUGUGAGUCUUUUUUUCCCCCACCUUUUAAAAUAAAUCUUGACUUGCUGCGUUGACCAGGAAAAGAAAGUAUGUAUGCAUGUGCACCGGGUGUUAUUUUUGAAAGAUACAUAGCUCUAUAAAAUGCUGUAGUUUGCAGGAUGGUAAAAUGUGUGAGGGUGUGCCUGUGUGUAUGUGCACGCGUGUGUGUGUGUGUGCACUCACACCCAAGCUGGACUGAAUUACAGGCCUGUACUUUAUCACUUGGAUUUGUGCUGUUUAAUGCUCAGUAAAAUAUGCCUAAUAAAAGGAAUUCUGGUUGUCAGGAGAACAGUUUUUCUGACUUUUGAACCACAUGCACAAUCUCACUAACCAAGCUGCAGUGUCCCCAGGGACCUUGGGGGAACAACUGAUACGUUUCCUUCUUUCCUUCUUCUAGCCAGGUUCUUCUCUUCAAUUUACAUAUUUCAUAUAAGCAGAACCAAAUUUCUAAGCUAUGGCAUACUGAAAAUAAAACAUUUAUGAAGCAAAA